AUGGAAUCCAAUAGACACUUCAAAUCCUUUAUGCACUUGGAUACCAUCGGAGUCUUACAGUGCAUGAAGGUAUGUAAGAGAUACAAAUUGUGUGAGAAAAUUCACCACAAUCGGGAGCAACUGACCUGUGAACUAAUGAUGACGUACGCAGAUGGAGGUAACCUGACGUCACUUUUCGAUGUACAUUAUGUACAGAUUGACAGCUCAAACUGCUUACGUGACAGUUGCUCAGAGAGUGAAGUUUGUGUCGACAAGAAGGAUAGAAGCCAUAUUUGUCUUGAUCAAGGUUUAUGUCCUUCUGUCGACUGGGUGCCGUUUCACCAGAAGUGUUACUUCUUUCCCGGAAGUCAAACAAUGGGGGAUGAGAGCGGGGUAAAUAUAUUUACUAGUGGUCAUAAUAAAUGA